GUUACCAACUAGGGGACGUAAAAACAUGAAACAUUUACUUUCAAUACAUUGGAACUACUCAUGUUUCCAUAGAAACGUCACAACAAAUAAACAAUAGCAACCUUUCCCAAAAACAUGAAUUGGGACGAAGACAUCGACCUUUCCGUUGGGAAAAAAACUGUAAAACAAGGAAGAAGGUCCAGCAAAAUUGAUUCCCCGGAGGAAGCGGGAAGUCCGAGAGAUGUACCUGUUAAAACUGGUGUUUGGACUGAUGAAGGAACAAAAUCCAACAAGAAUAAAGGGCCAAAUGUUAUAGAACAAGAACGUUUCCAAAAAGAAAAAAUCGAAUCAGACGACGACAUCCCAGUAAUUCCAGACAUCGACGAUUUACAAGAUGAUCCGUUAAAUCUUCCGGACGUCAGACCCAUGGUUACAGUCGACAAAUCAACAUAUAAAGAACUGGAUGAUCAGUUUGAGAACUUACAAUCGGACCAACUCAAUUUCGGAAGUGUUGGUGAUGUUGAUUUGUCAUUCUUUACCAGCAAACUCUACAACGAGAAGAGUGUCGAGGAGAGCAACGAAAUUUGGACUAUGGAAUCACUGUUUGAAGAUCUCAUGAGAAUGUGAACACAUGUCCUUAUAGAUUAUAUUAAUAAAAUACAUAGAUGUAAUAAAUUAUGAAUUAAUUAGA